AACAACAGCAACAAUAACAACAACAACAGCAGCAACAACAACAACAGUCACCAUGGCAGCCACGUCCUCUCCAACCUCCCGGAGUUCAUGGAGUCAGUCAUCGACUCGUUUCUCAACCAAUCGGCGAGCCCGGAAAGCUCAGACAGCGACAGCCUACCAAUGAGCUCCCAGAAACCCCUGCUGGCCACGCCUCUACAGCGAGACCACACACCCCGAACCCAGAAAAAGAACGACAUGUUCAGGACUCCUAAUAUCCGUCGUUCCCUCUUGGAGUUGUCUCCUCGUACUCCGACCCCGUUCAGGUCUUCCAUGGUAGAGUGUAUAAAACAGGAACCUAUGGAGUGUAUUGUCUCGGUCGGGGGCUCCCCAGACCAACAGCCAACCUUAAAGAAGAUCAAACAAGAGGUGGAGUCUCCGUGUCUGCAGUGGAAGGGGUCAGACCUCCCUGCCCAGCUCUUCUCCCCCUCCGGCCCCGUCCAGGAAGUACCUGAUCUGCUGACACGUUCUGUGCUGAGUGGAGACAAACCCUACCACCUCCCCCUCCGGCCCCUGGCCAGCCCACUACAGCAGCUCAACACGUGGGACCAAGUGGCUUGUGGGAAGGUGGAGGACCAAGAACAGAACCACAAAUACAUCCACACUUACUCUGCCAGAGCCUUGGUCAUGUAACACACACACACACACACACACACACACACACACACACACACACACACACACACACACACACACACACACACACACACACACACACACACACACACACACAUAACGGACCAAAGACUUUGUUUAUUUCUAUUUCAACCUUUCUUUUGUAGACCCUGUUUGUUUUUUUACACUAUGUUGUUUUAUGAAACAGGGAGAAAAUGAUGUUCCUAUAAUUCAACAAUAAUUGGGCUGUAUUCUUAAUAAUUAUAAGUUGUAAUAUUUUAAUAUAAAGAACAAGUUGAUUAAUUUAUUUUGUUUUAUUUUGAUGAAGACUGUUUUUUUAUACAACCGGCCAAUCAGCAGUGUUUGACUUCAGUAUUUGAACCUUAACCCCUGACCCCUAACCCUUAACCCCUUAACCCCUGACCCCUAAUCCCUGAACCCUAACCCCUGAACCCUAACCCCUGAACCCUAACCCCUGACCCUUAACCCCUUAACCCCUGACCCCUAACCCCUGAACCCUAACCCCUGACCCCUAACCCUUAACCCCUAACCCCUAACCCCUGAACCCUAACCCCUAACCCCUGACCCCUAACCCCUGAACCCUAACCCCUGACCCCUAACCCUUAACCCCUAACCCCUGAACCCUAACCCCUGAACCCUAACCCCUAACCCCUGACCCCUAACCCCUGAACCCUAACCCCUGACCCCUAACCCCUGAACCCUAACCCCUGAACCCUAUCCCCUGAACCCUAACCCCAGGCCCUAACACCAGGCCCUAACCCCAGGCCCUAACCCCUGAACCCUAACCCCUAACCCCAGGCCCUAGCAUUAUAAUGGGUUAAAGUUUUUUUUUUUUAAGUGCAAAAGAUUAUUACGAAAAGAAAUUAAACGAUAUCUACCCCUCUGUACACUUAAAGCCCCGAGGAGAGGCCUUUACAAAACAUCAUAAUGCCUUAUAAUGCCUAUAUGAGUGUUAACAUUUUACUGCUAGACAUCACAUCUUAUGUCAGCUCCUAUGUCAACCUUGUGAAUGGUUAUGAAUGAUCAUAUGAUGCUUACGUGACAAUUGGGCCAUCACCUGUAUUCUGAUUAGUCUUGUUUCCUGUCUUGUCUAUAUACUGUAUCACAGGGGAAACAUUUCCAUUGAACAACAUGUAUUAUUGUUAUUGUGUUAUAACUGUUGUCCUAAAGUCUUACACUGAGUUUACUACAGAGCUCUCAAUGCAUCAAACUAUAACCGACCCCUAGACCCUACGGCCUGAGAUCGACCCCUAGACCCUACGGCCUGAGAUCGACCCCUAGACCCUACGGCCUGAGAUCGACCCCUAGACCCUACGGCCUGAGAUCGACCCCUAGACCCUACGGCAUGAGACCGACCCCUAGACCCUACGGCCUGAGACCGACCCCUAGACCCUACGGCCUGAGACCGACCCCUAGACCCUACGGCAUGAGACCGACCCCUAGACCCUACGGCCUGAGACCGACCCCUAGACCCUACGGCAUGAGACCGACCCCUAGACCCUACGGCCUGAGAUCGACCCCUAGACCCUACGGCCUGAGAUCGACCCCUAGACCCUACGGCCUGAGAUCGACCCCUAGACCCUACGGCAUGAGACCGACCCCUAGACCCUACGGCCUGAGAUCGACCCCUAGACCCUACGGCCUGAGAUCGACCCCUAGACCCUACGGCCUGAGAUCGACCCCUAGACCCUACGGCCUGAGAUCGACCCCUAGACCCUACGGCAUGAGACCGACCCCUAGACCCUACGGCCUGAGACCGACCCCUAGACCCUACGGCCUGAGACCGACCCCUAGACCCUACGGCCUGAGACCGACCCCUAGACCCUACGGCCUGAGACCGACCCCUAGACCCUACGGCAUGAGACCGACCCCUAGACCCUACGGCCUGAGAUCGACCCCUAGACCCUACGGCCUGAGAUCGACCCCUAGACCCUUCGGCAUGAGACCGACCCCUAGACCCUACGGCCUGAGACCGACCCCUAGACCCUACGGCCUGAGACAGACCCCUAGACCCUACGGUCUAUGAUCGACCCCUAGACCCUACGGCCUGAGAUCGACCCCUAGACCCUACGGCCUGAGACCGACCCCUAGACCCUACGGCCUGAGACCGACCCCUAGACCCUACGACCUGAGAUCGACCCCUAGACCCUACGGCCUGAGACCGACCCCUAGACCCUACGGCCUGAGAUCGACCCCUAGACCCUACGGCCUGAGACCGACCCCUAGACCCUACGGCCUGAGACCGACCCCUAGACCCUACGGCCUAUGACCGACCCCUAGACCCUACGGCCUGAGAUCGACCCCUAGAGCCUACGGCCUGAGACCGACCCCUAGACCCUACGGCAUGAGACCGACCCCUAGACCCUACGGCCUGAGACCGACCCCUAGACCCUACGGCAUGAGACCGACCCCUAGACCCUACGGCCUGAGACCGACCCCUAGACCCUACGGCCUGAGACCGACCCCUAGACCCUACGGCCUGAGACCGACCCCUAGACCCUACGGCCUAUAACCGACCCAUAGACCCUACGGCCUGAGACCGACCCCUAGACCCUACGGCCUGAGACCGACCACUAGACCCUACUUCCUUGUGGAGAUCUGAGAUGAUUUGACAGAUGUAAGCAAUAUGGUAAUAGUUAGUUGAUUUAGACCCAUCCAAUCUUCUCAGAUCUCCACAAGGACAUAGGGCGAAGGGCAUAGGGCAUAGGGCAAAGGGCAAAGGACAUAGGGCAAAGGGCAUAGGGCAAAGGGCAUAGGGCAAAGGACAUAGGGCGAAGGGCAAAGGGCAAAGGACAUAGGGCAAAGGACAUAGGGCAAAGGACAUAGGGCAUAGGGCAAAGGGCAAAGGACAUAGGGCAAAGGACAUAGGGCAAAGGACAUAGGGCAUAGGGCGAAGGGCAAAGGACAUAGGGCAAAGGACAUAGGGCGAAGGGCAAAGGGCAAAGGGUCCUAUGGGUCAAUUGAAGAUUGGGCCUACGAGCUGAACCCAGUAACAUGUUUUAAAGCUGCACUUGAUCGAGAACACUGUUAUUGCUGAUACUACAAAACGUGGACCCGCAGGAUCCCGAGGUUCUGGGAAAAACCCGCUGGGUUUCAGAAAGAUUACAUUUGAUACUUUGUGUGUGUUUUUGUUUUUUGUAAUCGAAUGCCAUGAUACUAAACCACAUAGUGUAUCAGAUCGAAAACACUUGGCACGGAAGUGUUCUCUCUUGUCUUGUUUGAUACCCUUUUACAUUUUUAUAAAAGCAUUUCAACAGGUUUUUAUGUGUUUUUGAUACUUUUUCAAUAAAGUCUUUUUUAAAUCA